AUGAAGGUGCGGACGGGCGCAAGAGCAGUCCCUCCUUGUGGCUGCCCGAACGAAGCAUCGUCUCUUCGUUCCACGCCUGAUCCGGACCACCCUGGGUAUGCCGUGCUCCCCCAAGUUUUCGACGAAUUCGACGUCGAGGCGGAAGAUGGCGGUGGCCGUUACGAAUGCAUGGUGUCUACGCUGUGCGGCCCCUCUCUCUUGACUCUGCGCCCUCCGAAUCAAGCGUCGCUGCCGGAAUCAUCCACGGAGGCGAGUACUCUUCUGCAGUGGACGCCUUCGAAUUUCGGUUUAUGCGCCCUGAUUCCGCCAGACCUCAAAAUGAGCAACAUCCUCAUAGCGCUUCCAGAGAACCCGGCGCCUGUCGUUGACGAGUUUCUCAAGGCGCUCGACCCAACCAAAGACGACCCCAGCCCGAUUCCGGCGCCCGUUCCGGCCACGGGCCAGCUCAACAUCCGCUUGACAGACUUUGACCUCGCACAUUCGGUGUCCAACGCGCCCCGCCACACUUUCUUGAUUCAACCGCAGGCCUUGCGCGCCCCUGAAGUCGUCCUCGGCGCGCCCUGGGGCACGCCGGCAGAUAUAUGGAACUUUGGCUGUUUGGUGUUCGAGAUGGCAACCUCGCGCUCACUGUUUGCGCUCGAGCCGCAUUCCGCGCACGACGACCACGACCAGCUCGCGCGUAUGGCUCAGCUACUCGGCGAUUUCCCGCCUGCACUCAUCGCCGCGUCCGCUCCACGCGUGCGCGCGCACUUCACGAAAGACGGCAAGCUCGUUCGCGCCGAGCGUCUGCCCCUUGAGGCGCUGAUGUUUCACCUUCUCACGUCGCCGGAAGACCGCCCGCCCGAAGUCCCCGAGCUCGCGAUGGAGGAGGCCGCGUUAUUUGUUGACUUCGUGAGCUCGAUGUUGCGGCUGCAACCGGAGGCCCGCGCGACGGCAGCGGACCUGCUUGCCCAUCCGUGGCUGCACGACGCGCUCGUCCAAUUGACAGAAACGUGGGAAACAUUGGCCGACGAGCAGGAAGGGUAG